AUGGCGAAGGUGCUGUACGAUGAUUCCGAUCUUUGCCAGCUCUAUUUACAAGCAUUGGAAAAGCUUGGCAAGGGCAAAUUCGCGAAAAAUCAUAAUGAUAUUUUGAAGAGGUUUUUCCAAGAUCUCAGAUCAGAGCUCCAUGGCGAUUUUCGCAGGUUGCAAGCCAUUCGGUUACUCCGGCAUCCCUCUCAAAGGGGACAUAUAACCGAGUGGAUAUACAAGCUUUGCAAUCCAUCUCCAAAUCCAACAACCCUAAAGUUGACACAAGAAUUCCUUGACCAAAGGGAAAUUCGAGGAGAAAGACUUGUCUCCUACCUACAAUCUCAACCAAUUGGGCCACAAAAUGGGAGUAGCAUGGAUGUUGCAGAGACUACAGUAAUGAAGUAUGAAUUGAGCAAUGAGCGGUAUAAAAACACUGAUGUCGAGAGUAGUGGGGAUGACGAAAUUGAGGACGAUGUCAGCAGUGAGGAUGGUGAAGACAAUACUAAGCAAGUAAACUCCAAAGAACUUGAUUCGGUGGUCACUUUCCUCACUAAUAGCUCAUCGUUUGCGGUCCUCAAGCUCAACGUUCGCUUGCUCAUUAACCCUCCUACAAGCAUCGAAGCAGCUCUUCAAUCGGGUAAUAUUAGACCCUUGAGAAAACUGCUUGUGAAACACUUCAACAACGUUGCUACAGACGAAUAUUCUUGGAUAAAGGACCUAGAUGAAGCAGGCUACUCGCGUGACGAAAUCGCUGAUAUCUUAUUUCAAGACGCAAAUGAUGCCCCAUGGAUCUAUUUUGAGCCUCGGAGACUUGACCGACCUGAGAUAUGCCUCAGUGAUGGAGUUCAUAUACCGGGAUGUGUACAUCACUGUUUUGAAAUUCCAACUAUGUUAAAGGAGCCCCGCAUGCCACCCAUUUAUCCUGGGAUAAAAACAGAGGCAGAUGAAGUUCAGGAACUUUGUGGUUUGGCCGGAAUUACACCUACUUCGCGUGACCUCAAGGAAUGGAACGGCAAGGUCACAUUCACAAAACAAAACUCCGUUGCUAGUAUAUCGUAUGCCAGCUUCGCGGGGAAUGUUGAUCUUGACCGCCUAGUAGUCCUGCAUAGGAUCAUCUUCACACUCGAGCGUUUCUGUAUCGCUGCUGGCCGUAUGCAAGCGUCUGCUCUGUGCUGUGAUUCCUUUACAGUCCUUGUGCACCCUAUUCGUUUAUCUGAUCUCGAAACCACUCCAGUUAGCCUCAGUCGCAUCAAAUUUCUUUCAGCUGUGCAACUACUGGCUGGUUUGAAGGCGCUGCCUUCGCUACUUCAUAUAACAGAAUCAAACUUAGCAAACGUGCGGCAAACCGCAUAUCUAAUCUUAGAUUCUGUUUUACAGAACUGCUCGGAAAGUCUUUGGUGCAAAGACGUAGAUGGGACUCUACAUCUAUUGUCUUUAACUGUCCAGUUCCUUUCCUUGGGUUUGUUGUCAUAUAAUCAGGGGCAUGUUGGACCGGUCCAACCAUUUUUCCUGGACACCGCCCAGUGUAAACUUCUCCUCACAGGUACAAACGCUGAGAGUAAAUCUGGGUGGAUCACAGCGGAGCUGACGAAUCUAACAUGUAUUGGAGACAUGGUUGGUGGUUCGGUGCUUACGUUCAAAAUAACAGGUGGCUCAGACCUUCAGAAUGAAAGGAAGUUCGACCUCCUAGCCACUGCUGAAGACUUACUUGACACUUGGGGACCGGGAGGUUUCAUUGUUCACAACAGUGUCAGCACUUCUCCGUGUGCCAUAAAAGUAUGUGGCGGCAUCAUAUACUCUCCUAAGGGAAAUAAUCGCAAACUUCAUUGGAGCCGCGCGAUAGAUAUUGAACAUAUCCAUUCUGUUUGUAUUGAUCCACGCCGCAAAUUAUGCAUAGGUUCGCUCGUUGAAGUCAACCAGAACUGCACUGUCAACGAGAAGGAAUGCUGGGACAGGUCUGCCUGUGCUUUCGAAAAUCUUGACGUGCAUGACGACUUCUGGAAGGAUGACGAACGCCAAAUUGGAAGCCAAGGGGGUCAAUAUAUUGUGAUUCAAGUUAACAGAAUUCAACAUAAGAUUCCUGGCAGAACAUGGAAGCAAUGUAUUCUUGAUUUGGAUCCGGAGACGCUUGUUCUAAACCUAAACUACCUAUGUGGUCUUCAAGUGAGCUUCUGUACUGGCGUUGCGCGAAGAGUUUCACUACGAGAGCUGAUAGCUGACAUUCUUCCGAUCUUUGCCAAAACUUCCCUCCAGGAUCAGGCUUUAUGGGAUAAACUCGCGAGCCAAUAUGGCCUUGUUGACGCGUUUCACAAAGAUAAUGUUCAAGCUUGUCUCAAAAAGCUAGGACCUCAGGACUGCAAGUACAUCCUAAGUCUCAUCCAGAAAAUAGUUCGUUCUCUUCAGUCUACUGGCAUCGAUCCAGAAGGCAAGUUUAUGUCAGUUGCGUGGCCGUACGGCGACCCUCCCUUCCAUUGUUUCAGAAUUUCAUGCCACGAUAAAGUGAACUCAUGGGUUCGUGUCCUUGCCGAUGCCGAAGACUGUGCUACAUUUGCGUAUAUCUCAACACACUGUUUAGUAACCCAACAAGUAAAGUGUCAAGGACCACCCAUAGCCUGGCGCAAUACCACUCCCGUUCUCGUGACAGCUAUUCUCCAGCACAACGAAACUCCGAGCAUUUCUUUAGGGCCCUUGGAUAUCAGAAAGGCAUACUUCUUCAAGAAACCGAAUUUGUUACUGAAAGUAAUAGCGGAGCGACAAGUAGCCUCAGACGACAUGACCCUCUUAGUCUCAAAGAGUUCGAUACCUGCACGGUUCAGACAGAGGUUAUUCAUGUGGGAAAUUAGGAAAAGCCAAUGGAACCGGAUUCGGGAGAGCCGAAACCUGCUUGAGAGUGAAGCAGUAGAAGUAACUGUACUCGCGAACAAUGAGAGAUCUAUGCGGAGCUCGAACAUGAACGUAAGUUGCUCCGUUGUCUUUCGCUGA